ACCAUUUGUUUUGUCCCAUUUUCUUCAUUUUCUCUUCAUUUUUUCAAGCUAAAUCAAAAGGGAGUGUGCUUAGGAGGAUUAUAUCCAAGAAAACAAAUUAAAUGACAACUUAGAGAGUUAUAGAGCUUGAGAGAAACAAAGAGAAGAAGCUCGAAAUUGGAAGAGGAGGACAUGAUUUUUGUAAAGUUUUGCAAGAAUUCAUUGAAAUAAGUUAAAGUAGCAAAGGUAAGCAACAUACCCUUUAGUAAUUUCGUUUUUCUCUCUUGUUCUUGCAUGAGGAGAAGAAAACCUCCAAGUUUAAAAUUCUAGGGUUCAUGUAAAUAUUUUGGGGGAGUAAUUGUUCAUGUGAAUUUCAAGAUUAAUUGCAUGAUAAUGGCUUGAUUUGCUGAAAAAUAGAAGGAAUAAAUUGAUUUGAAACUAUGGGUUUUGGGAUUGCAACAGGGCAGGAACUUCGGCAGCCAUAUUUUGACUUUGCACCGUUGGAUUCGAUUGAAUUUUGGAUAUGUUAUUAUACUCAAUGUCACCUACAUUCUGACCGGAGGGAUUGCAAAUAUCAGAUUUCGUUUGAGGGCUGUCACCGGAGGAACAUUUCUCGAAAAUCACCCUUCAAGACAGCUUUGUUCGUCGGCCGUUAUAUCAUCGUUUCACCGUUGGAUUGGUCUGGAUUUUGGAUAUGUUAUUCAUCCAGAUGUUAUAUAAAUUCUGAACGGUUUGGAUCGGAAAAUAACACUCCUACCAGAAAUUAUACUUCCCGAACAGCAGGUCUCCAAAUUUCAGGAUGUUAUAUUAAAAAUGUAGGAGAAGCAUUCACUCGACUUCUCAGGAGCUCGUAUAGUAGGAGCUUAAGGAGGGACUGCAAGAGGGGCACAACAACAACAAGGAAGAGCGAGUUGAGCUUCUACAGCUGGAUGACUGACUUGUCAGAUUAUAAAUGGAAUGUUGGACGAUACCUAAUUGUUAAACAAAAAUGGAUGGAGGCAAAUAUCGUAUCGCUUGGGACGUGAGAAUAGAAGUUCAUUAACCAUGGUCCUUCAGAUUCACGCCAGGAGUAGCGUUUUAGGUCCUCUAGUCUCCUUUUGUAUGAUUGAAUAAGAAGAUGAACAUUAAUAUAUUUUGUCUUUAAGGAACUAAAUGACUUAUUAUGUAAUAGUACUCCUUUUACAUUAAGUGUCGGACAUAAAAAUGUAUUAUUCUGUAUUUGUAAUCUUAGUUUGUUUACUUGCAAUUGUUAUGAAUUAUGUGUGUUAAUGGGAAAGAAAUGAGCAUGCGAAAUGUGAGGCAUGUACCAUGAA